CUUGGACUAUGAUACAUGAAGUCAUCGCGUGUCUCCACAAUUCGCAUGAAAGUAUCUGAUCUGGCCAGAGAACGACUUGACCACGACCUUUAAUCUGCCCUUCACGCGCUUCCUACGUACCUAACCAACUAACCAACUAACUAACCGUUUUCCGCUCAUGAACCACCCGCUGCUCUUCCCACUCCUGCUGCUGCUGCUCGAAGCGCGGCGAUGCAGCGCGUAUUGGCUCAUGGCUGCGAACAACAUCCUCACCUCGCAGCGCCUCGACCCCGUCGUGUCCCCCGGGCGCGUCUCGACGCACGUGCACUCCGUGGUGGGGGGCAGCAACUUCGGGCUGAACACGUCGACGGCGGCGCUGCGCGCGAGCGCGUGCACGUCGGUGCCGAUCCCGGAGGACAGGUCGGACUACUGGUUUCCCCAUAUGUACUUCCAGUGGUCGAAUGGGAGCUUCACGAGUGUAACGGGGAACGUCGUCAUGUACUAUCUGUUCAACAACACGCCGGGCGCGACGACGGCCUUCCCCGACGACUUCCGGAUGCUCUCUGGCGACCCCACGCUGCGCACGCUGGACCCUUCCUCCUUUGCGCAGCAGGCGGUCACAUUCCUCUGCCUCGACUUCAACGGCAAGUCGAGCCGGUACAACGAGCUCCCGCGCGGGAUCAGCUGUCCGUCGGGGAUCCGCUCGCAAAUCAACUUCCCGAGCUGCUGGAACGGGAAUGAUACAGACUCGCCGGACCACAAAUCACAUGUCGCCUUUCUAAGUACCGGGCCAGACAACGGGACGUGCAGCGAUCCCGGCUUCCCUGUGACGCUCCCGCGCAUCUUCAUGGAGGUGUACUGGAUCUCGCAGGUGUUUGAAGGGCAGCGCAAGCAGGCCAUGACGCCGAGUCAGCCAUUUGUAUUCGCACACGGAGACCCGACGGGCUACGGGUACCACGCCGACUUCUUCAACGGCUGGCAGCCGAAUGUGCUGCAGAACGCGCUGGACCGGUGCAACUGCAACCCGUACGGGGACCCGACGUGCUGCGUCUCUGCGGGGAUCUUCGGGCUGAAGCAGUCUGCGCAGUGCUACAUCACGAACUCGGUGGACGAGCCCACUUUGGGAACGCUCGACACGCUGCCCGGGAAUAACCCGGUUCAAGCCCCGUGCUACCAAAACUACAUCGACCCGACAACGCCCCCGAUUCUGUCCCCCGUGUCCGUGUACACGACAUCCACGACCCCGGGGAUGCCCUCCGGGACGGUGGCCACCGCCGCGCAGACGGCCGACGUGACGCAGACCGCGAACGGGUCGUGCAUCCGGCCCGGCGCCGCGCAGCGGUCGGCGCCUCAUGCCGCGAUCGGGGUGGCGGCAGCGGCGAUUGUGACCAUGUCCCUGGUGGUGGCGGGCUGUUUCUGAGUUGCGGUUAUGCCGAGGACGUGUUCGAUUGUACUUUACACACAUAUCGCAUUAUAAGUCGUCCAAUGGAUACCCAGUUUCUG